GCAUACUUUUCUAACAUUUUAUUUCCUUGCGGACCAAUAUUUCAUACAGCCUGUCCGUUCUGAUCUAUGUAUUUCGUUUUCGACCUCAACUGGACGUUUUUUCAUGGAUUACCCGGCCCGAAAUAUGUAUGUGCACUAAAAGUGUGAACGGCUAUCACUUUCACUUUACGACUUUGACAGAGAAGUUUCUGACACCUGGGAAUUAGUCAUACCGCGGCACCGAGUCAAGGUUUUUAGUCGGCGGAGCAGUAAGACUACUGAUGGGAGAAGAUAAGUCCAGAAUCUGACGGAAUACAAAAAGUGCUAGCACUUGGGGUUAAUCUCUUAGCCAUGGAAGACGUCACACGACUUUCGUUAUUCGCGGCGACAAAUGUCUCUCCCAUCAGCAACUCGACCAUCAUCAUCACACCUCUGAAUUAUGCCUACCUAACCCUUACAUGUCUCAUGUCUACCCUGUCCGCGUUGGGGACUCUCCUCAUCAUAUGGACAUAUUUCCUGUACCCACAAACACAUAACACUUGUCGGAGAAUGCUGGUUCAUCUGAGUAUCGCCGAUUUCCUCAUGGCCGUUGGGAACUUCUUAGGCGUGCCAGAGGCACUGGACAUGACUCGGAUAUCACUCGGAUACCAGACGUCCAUAAUCUGCGUCAUCUCUGGAACUAUUGCGACAAUCUCGUCCAUCAGUUCCUUUCUGUGGACAAGCGUGAUAGCUGUGUAUCUGUAUAUUUGCAUUGUCCAGUCGAGGAGUCGCCUACUGGGGACGAAGACGCUGGUCGCAACUUACAUCACGUGCUGGCUUGUUCCAGUUAUAGUCGCCAUCCUUGCCAACAUCUACCAUGUUUUUGGCUACGAUCCGUCGCUACACCACAUGAGUUCUUGUUGGAUAUCCAGUGCGGUACCAGAUCAGCUCAUGUGGCAGUUCCUGACCGGCAAAGCUUGGGAAAUUGUCGCCUACUUUGUCACCGGCAUCUUUUAUGCGUUGGUCAAGUAUCAUGUCUAUAAGGAGAUGAGAUAUGCAUAUAAUCUCGGAUCCCAGAGUAUGCAGGCCAUUUAUCGAGUCAACCGCAAGAUGACUUUUGUGCCCCUCGUGUUCAUCCUGCUUAGGAUCUGGGGGACAAUACGCUUCCUCAUCGGAGUGGUGGACCACAGUUACGCAAGUUCUCCCGCAUCUACUUGGAUUGUCGUUAUGCAGGGUUUCGGAGACAGCUCACAGGGAUUUGCAAACUGCGUCCUCUUUUGCUUCUGUUCACCCAAACUCCGCCAGCUCAUGCUGACAUCCUUCAGGAAGUGGACUACAGGUUUUACCUCGAGGAAGGAUAGGACAAAGAUUACCUCCACUAUGGCUUGUUCAGCUAAGACUGUCAUCAACACUGGAACAAACGAAAGGGCUCCACUACUCCAGGAUAAAAACAUUUCGUCAUCAAACACCUAGUCAUGUGAUGUAGGUCACUGGAGAUGUUUCUAGCAGGAGUUAUCCGUGUGUUUCACUGGUUAUGUCCAUCAUU